AUGGAUCUCCUGAAGAAGGGGUUAAAUAUUUCUCUAGAUAACGAAGGAGAAGUUCUCAGUGAUAAUCUUAUGGAAGUUUUUAACAUAUCGGAUAAGUAUGUACAAGAGACAAAGCGGGAGUUGGAAAUAGAAAUAACCGCACGGAUCCAGGCCUAUCGAGAUCCGAUACACUGGAGCAGAUUGACUGGCAUAUGGAAAAACUCACAAAAGAAUGAUCAAAUAGCUCUUCAGAUGGGUAAGGAAGGAGCGACGGUUGACGGAGCGACAGGAAGCAGUACACGGGGGAAAUGGAAAGUAUCAAAGGUGACCGGAACACUUAACGAAUAUUAA